AUGGCGCCACCGAUCAUCGUCUGCUCGUCAUUAUCCUUCGAUCUGGCUCUGGACGAGCGGACGAAGUUGCGGGCAACUGGUUUAUUUACAUUAAAAGUUACUGAUCUAGUGACAUGCAAGGGUCCAAAGCGCAAAGACUGCUGUAUAAUAACAGCAAGGAUGGUAAACGGCGUCAACUUGUACUACGAUAUUGAAAUUAAAGAAAACGUCAUACCAAACAGGGGUAAAAUUGUUGUGAGCGCGAAUGGCAAGCAGCUAGUGAGGCUGCAAAUGAAGAAGCCCUGUGACCAUUUGUUCCUGGGCCCCUUGUUUCAGUCAAUACUGAAUGUAACGCAAGAUUGCGUUUUUGUAAAAGGUCACUAUACUUUUAAUUUAGAUAUAGAGGAAGUUGCUCAGAAAUACUACGGCGGCAUGUUUCUAUACGGCGACAUGAUCUUCAAAUCUGUUUUCUACAGCGACAUGUGCAACUUCUCCUGCACUGUUCUAUCAGUUACUUUUACACCAAGAAACGCAACAUCGCACACACGACUUGGCAUGUCAUAAAAUAAAAACGACAACUUUAA